AUGUGGGAUAAUCCAAGUCUCCGAUGUCUCCUAGCAAUAGCUUUCUUACAUUUGCUGAGCUUAAUAUAUAGUCAGGAGACAGGUUUUCCAGAAGCACCAGAGAAUUUGAAAUGUAUCACACAUGACUUAAACAGAAUGAUCUGUUCCUGGGAUGCCACCUCCAGUGCAAACCUUGGACUGACUUACAAGAUUUGUUAUACAAACAGUGAGCCCUUCUCUCCAGUGUGUAUUGAAACUGAGGGAAAAAGGGCAGAUAUUCCAGUCACAAUGGGCUCCACUAACAUACAGAUAACCACACUAAAUGCUUCUGGAGCUUCUGAAACAUUUGUAUUGCCUGAGGAAAAUGUUUCACUUAUUCCACUCACCCCCCAAAUUCUUAAUCUGAGUGCUGACUUUUCAACUUACACGUUAUAUCUGAAGUGGAACGAUAGUGGCUCAGUCUUCCAAUAUGAAUUAGAUGCCAGCUGGCAGAUUCAGAUUCUGCGUAAGGAAACAUUGGAGACAGUGGCACUAAUGAAUUAUGAUUCAAAAUUGACUGGCAAAGACUCUAUUCUUUCUUGGAAUUGGACAUCUGACAUACCUUUGGAGUGUACUUCAUACUAUGUGAAAAUUAGAUGUUAUAUUAAUGAGCCGUAUUUUACUGGUAGGAAGGAAUGGAGUGAAUGGAGCCCAAUUAGAACAGUUCCUGAAAAAGAUACUAAGCCCAAUAGCGCUAUGGUUUUUCCUCAAGACAAAGUGGUACUAGUGGGCUCAAAUGUGACAUUUUGUUGUUUAUACAAUGAAGGGGAAAGUAUAAAAUUCAUGAACUAUGGAUCAAAAAGUUAUCCACUCCUUCGCCUCAACAAGUGGAGCAGUGCAAUCAAAGUGCAGAAUGUCAGUGCUUCAAUUUCUAGUGGGACAAAUGUAUGGUGCUUGCUGGAGCCAGAUGGUCUGGAAGGAACAGUAUUAUUUGUAGGAUAUGCCCCCGAUACGCCACAAAACCUGAGCUGUGAAACACGCACCUUUAUUACUAUAACAUGUAGCUGGAACCCAGGCAGAGCCACGGCACUGUACAGGCAACGGCAAACGAAAUAUAUUUUAUUGGAAAGAAUAUCUAAAGAAAAUGUUACAUGCAAAGUAGAUGAAUUGAAUGAGAAACAUUACUGUGACUUUCCAGUGCAUGCCAAUCAGAAAAUCUACAAUUUCACACUAGGAGCUUCCAAUCCUCUUGGUCAAGCAGAAUCAUCGCUCUUAAUUGAUGUAAAUCAAAGAGUUCAUCUGGAAACUCCUGAUAAAUUCACUGUGAGCACUAAUAGUUCAACAAAUGCCCAUCUGUCUUGGUAUAUACCUGGCAACUUUAUUCAAAUCAGACUUUUGUGUCAAAUUGAAAUUAAUAACAGUAAUUCAGAACGACAACUGCAAAAUGUCUCAAUGGCCGGUGCAGAAAACUCAAAUUACAGAGCUUGGGUGGACGCAUUACAUCCGUAUGCCACAUACACAUUCAGAGUACGCUGUUCAGCUUCUGAGCAUUUCUGGCGGUGGAGUAAAUGGAGUGAGGAAAAAAAGCUCACAACUUUGGAAGCCCCUCCUGCAAGAGGACCGGCUAUCUGGAGAGAGAGAAGUCCUGUCGAAGAAACUCUAACAGUCUUUUGGAAGCCAUUACUUCUUUCUGAAGCAAAUGGAAUAAUACUAUCCCAUGAAGUGUCAUGUUACUCGCGAGAGAUAAUGCUAAAGGCUCAUGAAGUCCCUGUACCCUUGAACAGCACUGAAAUAAAGCUUGGGGGAAAUGAUUGUUUAAUCAGUGUUGUAGCCAAAAAUCGUGCUGGCUCAUCUCCCCCUUCUAGGAUAACUAGUAUGGAUCUUCCAAGUGACAAUGUUAAAACAGAGCUGGCAAUUGCAACAGGAAAUGGAAUUUACAUUUCUUGGCAUUCUGACCCCAACGUGACCUGCGGCUACACAUUAAAAUGGUGUAUUUCAUCUGGAUCUGAACCCUGUAACGUGGACUGGGAAAUGUUUCCUUCAAAUGCAACAGAUGCUGUGAUCAAAUCUGCUCUGUUUCAACCUGGUGUGAGAUACAAUUUUUCACUAUAUGGCUGCAAACACAAUGGAUAUCAGUUAUUACAGAAUAUAACGGGAUAUAUGAAAGAAUUGCCUCCAAAGGUAGCACCAAAUUUUACUGUAGAAGAAACCUCAUCAGAUUCAAUAUUGGUAAAAUGGGAAGACAUUCCUGUUGAAGACUGCCAGGGGUUUUUAAAGGGAUAUAUUCUUUACUUUGCAAAAGGGGAGAAAGGUUCUUCAAAGACUAGUUUUACGGACGAAGAAAACAAAACAGAAAAGAAUAUUACUGACCUAACGAAAAAGUCUUUGAGAAUACUUGAUCUUCAAGGCAAAACAAGUUACCGACUGGGCUUACGAGCCUAUACCGUUGGUGGAAUAGGCCCAUCGAAAGACCUGUAUGUGGUGACAAAGGAGAAUUCCGUGGGGUUGAUCAUUGCCAUUCUCAUCCCAGUGGCAGUAGCUGUUGUGCUUGGAGUGGUGACCAGCAUCCUUUGCUACCAAAAGAGGGAAUGGAUUAAAGAAACGUUCUACCCUGACAUUCCAAAUCCUGAGAACAGUAAGGCAUUGCAAUUUCAGAAGAAUAUAUGUGAGGGGAACACAGCUCUUAAAACCUUGGAAAUGAACCCUUGUACCCCGAAUAGUGUGGAAGUGGUGGAAACGCAAUCCACAGUCCUUAAGAUAGAAGACACAGAAAUUAUAUCCCCUGGAGCGGAUAGUGAGCUUCCUGAAGAUGGGUCUGACCCAGAAACAGGAAGCCACGUGGUGGUGUCAUACUGCCCACCAAUCAUUGAGGAGGAGAUCUCCAGUCUACCAAUAGAUGAACCUGUGGGAUCUUCUCAAGUCAUUUAUAUUGACAUUCAGUCAAUGUAUCAGCCUCAAGUUAAUCCAGAGGAAGAGCCAGAAAUUAACUUUGUCACUACAGCAGGCUAUAAGCCACAAAUGCAACUGCCAAUUAGUGCUAUGAAAAUGGAGAGUCACUCACCCACAGAAGAGGACUUAGAUAAAACUGCGGGCUACAGACCUCAAGCAAACACUAAUGUCUGGAAGUUAGACUCUCCAGACUCUCCUAUAUCAAUUCAAAGCAACAAUGAAAAUGGAUCUUUUGGAAGUCCGUGCUCCAUUAAUUCUCGACAGUUUUUGAUCCCCCCAAAGGAUUAUGAAGACUCUCCCACCCAUAAUAACACUGGGUGGUCCUUUACAAAUUUUUUUCAGAACAAACCAAAUGAUUAA